AUGAACAAAGUAUCUUUCAUGCAGACAACCGACCCGGCCAUAGUCAUCGCCAUCGAGACAGGUGAGAGCUACAUAGUCUGGGACCUCAAAGCUGUUUGCCACCUGAUGCGACUUCUCAAGCUAUGGGCUCUAAACAAGGUCCCUGGCCACAUCAUCGGCGCAUUUCUCAAAUUAAUCUUAUACGGACGCGACUACCACCUGAACGAGAUCCUUACCAAGAUGGUAACAGAAGGCAAGUCAAAUGUAUACAUCGCGCGGGAAGUAAUGGCCUUCUACCAGAUCUGGGAUGACAACUAUCGUUUCCCUUUGUGGACAACGCUGGUCGAUGAUGACGGAGCUGACGAGAUAGAAUACAGACCUCAACCACCACUAAAGAAGGCAGAGAAGACACAGCCCCUGGCGGAGGUGGAUUUUGCAACUACCACCGCUAGAGCGGUAGAGAGUACUCAGCGCGCCAAAGUGAAGCUGAUCCGGACGGGAUGGCCUGCAUUUCUCUCAGACCUCACCGAUACACAGAUCGACGAGCUUACUGUGCAUGUUGAGAACGGCGAGAAGGGAAUCUAUGGCCCCUCACUGCCUGUGCCCCGGAACCCACAGGUUAUUGAGGAACUGCGCAGCUUGGACCGACAUAAGAAGGAUACCCGUGAGGAUCUCGAGCCUAUUCAGUUCAAUAGCGCUGAGUAUUCUUUGACGAAUUCUGCGCCACAGAGAGCUGUCUGGGAUCUGAACAAGCCGUUGCCUCUUCCUCUUGGUGGUAGUAGAGAUGCAGGUGUGCAAACAUUCACGAGGGAUGGAUCGCGUUGGCUUUAG